GGGGAGUAAAAGCGACAUGGACGUGGCCGGUUUGCCGCAGUCGGUGGCGGGAACUCGCAGGCGUCACAAGCAGUAGUCCCACCACAGCACACCACAGCACCUUCUCCUCAUCCCACUGGGCCUACUGGCAGCAAUGUGGAGACCUGUUUUUAUCCUGCUGGUGGCGCUGACGGGGCUGGCGACCUGCAAUCCCAUUGGGCGCCAGGUGGGUCUGUCUGCGGAUGUCAGCGUCACUGCUAUCAACAAGACGGCAGUGUGUGUCGUUGAUGGGAUACUGUACACGGAAGGCCAGCAUCUCCCUACCGCCGACCCCUGCGAGGAGUGCCAGUGCCGCCCACCAGGGUUCGCCUGUGAAGCAGUACAGUGCUCGGUGAAACCAGGGUGCCAAGGCUUUCAGGAGGAAGGCCAGUGUUGUCCCACAUACAGCUGUGGUUGCCAGAAGGACGGGGUAGAGAUUCCGGAAGGGGAGACCGUGAACGACCCGAGGAACCCGUGUGAGAGUUGCGUGUGCAAGGGGGGCGAGUUUGUGUGUACGGUUGAGAGCUGCCUCUGGAGGGAUGACUGCAUGGGGAGAUACACGCCUGGAAUCUGCUGCCCUUCCUACGACCACUGUCCAGUCACAGAUUCUGCUGGCGAGGCAUCCGCGGUGGAUCAGGGACAGCAGGAAGGAGAAGAGUCUACUGUAGCGCCUGAUCCACAGACUCCAGCCAUUCGAGAAGGAGGCGAAGGUGAACGUCCUACUGAGACUCCGGAGGUGAAUGAGGGCGUGACGCAGUCGAAUGAAUCCGAGACAGAGGCCAAUGAAACACCAGCUGAAGCUAAUGAAGCCGUGAAUGAAGCCUCAAGUGAUGCUGGUCAGGAAUUUGUUGAGACUCAGACCGAAACCAACAAUGAAGUUCAAUCUGAAGGUAAUGAAGAGUACACUCAAGCAUCUGUGAGACAAAGCGAAACUGAAACUGAUGUCACUGAAAUCCCGGAAUACACCACUGAAACCCCGGAGCAAGUAAAUUUGAAGUUAGACGAAACACAAACGGAAACUUCUGAAUCUGCAACCGAAGUCAGUGAAGCCGCAACGAAUCAGGCAGAUGCUGAAAUUGAAACAAGAGCAAAUGAAGCUCAGAACGAGGAAAGUGGUAACACCGAGACUCCUGUUGAAGAAAAUGAAGCAGAGACAACGACUCUUUCUCCUGCAGGGGACACCGAAGUUCUAAAUAAAGGAGAUGAGGUCCUGACUCAGAUGCUGCCACAGGCAAGCAACAUUCAGCCCCAGAUCGUUGACGCCCCUUACAGAGACAAGAGAAACAGUUACUGAAGGAAACGAAACACAAACUGAAGAAGUCACUGACCUCAAUGCAGAAGCAAAUGAUGUCGUCACUGAGAGACCCACUGAAACAAGAGAACCACAAACUGAAACGGUUGAGACAGAAGCUGAAGCAACUGAAACAGUAAUUCGAGCAAACGAAGAAAGUGAUGCACCUGAGGCACAAACUGAACCAAGCGAAAACAACACUGAACUACCGCAAGAAGCGAAUGAAGCAGUGACUGAAUCCAGUGUGGCAGAUGAUGAAGUAGUGGCUGAAGCCACCGAAGAUGCUACUCAGACACCUGUAGAGCGAGAAUCGCAGAUUAGUACAGAUGCUCCUGUAGAAACAAAUGAAGCAAGCCCUGAAACAGAAACUGAACUACCAAACGAAGUUCCUGCGGGAGCAAAUGAAGCAAGCCCUGAAACAGAAACUGAAUCACCAAACGGAGAAGUUCCUGCAGAAGCAAAUGAUGCAAACCCUGAAGCUAAAACUGAACAGCCGAACGUAGAAAUUCCUGCAGAAAGAAAUGAGGAAAACCCUGAGGCUCAAACUAAAACAGCAAACGUAGAAGUUCCAGAGGCUCAUCCAAAACCAUAUGAAUCAAACCUUGAACCAGAAACUGAACCGCCAAAUGUAGAACUUCCAGAGAUUCCUGCAGAAACAAAUGAAACAAACCCUGAAACUGAAACUAAAUCACCAAACGUAGAAAUUCCUGCAGAAAGAAACGAAGAAAACCUUGAAGCAAAUCCCGAAGCACAAACUGAACCAACAAACGUAGAAGUUCCAGAAACUCCUGCUGAGGAAAAUGAAGCAAACGCUGAAGCCGAAACUGAAUCACCAAAGGUAGAAAUUCUUGCAGAGGCAAAUGUAGCAAACCCCGAAGCAAACCCUGAAGCUGAAAUUGAAUCACCGAACGUAGAGGUUCCGGAGACACCAGUGAAAACCAUCGAGGAGGAAACAGCGACAGAAAAUCAAGAAUCCAAACCCGACGGCACUGUGCAUAUCAGCGUGAACGGGCAGGCGCUUCAGAAAGAAACCACAGGAGGCAAGGAGCAGGAGAAACCCGCUGUCAAUGUGGAGGACGAGGUGUACUGGAUAAAUAUGAAACAGGACGACCCUACAAGUACAGUGACUGACACUAAUGUAUUGGAGGACACUGACCACGAGACCUUCACUGAUCAGGGAGAGCAAGAAGAGGAAGAGGAAACGACCACCGUCUUGGAGGAAGCACCCCAGUCUGUGUCCUUCAAUGCUGAAAGAGAGUUCCUUGAGGAGGGAGAACUGGAAGAAGAGGAGGAGGAAGAGGAGGAAGGAAAGUUCGAUGACCGCACCUUCUUCUAGUUUACAUCGUUGUCAUCUUUCAGGAACGUGAUGGCACACAGUGAUUCUUUAUAACUGCUACUACUACGAACUACUACUACCCCUACUGUCGUCCUCCUCCUCCUGCUUCAUCCCUCACGGCCACCUCUACGGCCAGGGCAUUGUCUUAGGGCUUCAUUUUGGGGUCUGUUCGGAUCCUCCUGCCGCCUUCAAGUUCCUCAUACAGCAGCGGGAAGCAUAAUCUGGGAAGAACCUCCGUCGUUUUCUAUGUUUUAAUAGUUUCCUCCCUCUCUUUCGUGCUUAUUUAUUGUUGUAAUGUUAGAAGAAGGGAGUCACUAGCUGUGUUUACUACUACAUGAAGGCUUACAUAGGACGAUGCUUGGCCAGACGUACUGUACACACACACACACACACACACACACACACAUAAACACACACACACACACACACACACACACACACACACACACACACACACACACUUGGGAUUUUGUAUGUACUCAAUGUAAGAAAAUAAUAAAGUCUGGCAAAGAGA